UCCACUCCAGGAGAGCAGAGGGCGAGAGGGUCCAGCCCUGCUGUCCGGUACUAACAUGGCGGACCGCGGCGGCGACGUGAUGUGUUUAUGGUCCGGCUCUGGGUCUCUGACUCCUACCGAGUCGACGUCCUCACCGGCGGCCGCUUCGGAGGAGGAGAAGCCGCGGAAGAGGAGGAGAGCCUUCUGCCUGGCCAGGAUGAAGACCCGCGGAGGCUCCGGCAGAGAGCAGCGGCACCAGCCCGCCGCCAACAACAACAACAUGCCGUUCAUGAUCCACUGUCAGAUCGGGAGGGAGAUCAAACACAUCUGCAGUAACUGCCGGGGAGCCGAGCCGCGGGACGGGCCGGGGACCCGGAUCAGCCUCCUGCAGGAGCCCGGGGAGAGCAGGAGGAGGCUGGGAGCUGAGGAAGUGGAGCGGCUCGCGGCGAUGCGCUCUGAUUCGCUGGUGCCCGGAACGCAUACACCUCCCAUUCGACGGCGGAGCAAGUUCGCCAACCUGGGACGUCUCUUUAAACCGUGGAAAUGGAGGAAGAAGAAGAGUGAGAAGUUCAAGCAGACCUCUGCAGUGUUGGAGCGGAAGAUGUCCACUCGCCAAAGCAGAGAAGAGCUCAUCAAGAAAGGAGUUCUGAAGGAGGUUUAUGAGAAAGAAGGCUCAUCCCCAGCCAUACGGGAGGACGUGAAGAUGGAGAACGGUCGCUCUCCGGUGCUCGGCUCGGGCCUGUCGGAGCCUGAAGGUGCUGAGAUGAUGGAGGGAGCCACUGCAGGUGUAGGCUCGUUGGAGUUUCAGAUGGUCAGUGAAGGCGUGUGUCAACAGGAGCAUCUCCAGAAGGCAAACCAGGCUCCGCCCACAAAGAAGCCCACUGUGUAUGCAGCUGAAAGCAUUGAAUCGACACUACCCAGACCUCCUGUGCUUCAUAAGCAACCUCCUGCGCUGCCACCCAAACCCUUCAGCAGGCUACCUAAUCACAUUACAGAGGGCGGCCCCGUGAAGCUGCCGUGUAUGUCGGUGAAACUGUCUCCUCCUCUACCUCCAAAGAAGCUCAUGAUCUCCAUACCUGCGGGGAGCAUGGAGCCCUCUUCGCUCACCUUCCAGAAGUGCCCCGCCCCCUCCAGCCAUGCCCCAAUGGGGACCCACUCCCUACAGUACGGGACGCUGCCUGUCCCCCUGCACCCCCCCAGUCGAAUCAUCGAGGAACUCAACAAGACGCUGGCCCUCACCAUGCAGAGGUUUGAGAGCUCCAUGAUGCACGCUGUUCCCACGGUGAUGAUCGAGUGUGACGACGAUAAAGAGAACCUCCCCAAUGAAGCGGACUACGAGGAUCUGCCGGGUAUGUACAAGGACGAAGAGGAGGAGGAGGAGGAGGAGGAGGAAGAGGAAGAAGAAGAAGAGGAGGAGGAGGAGGAUGAUGAAGAGGAGGAGGAAGAAGAUGAGGAGGAAGAUGAUGAUACACUUUUGACAAGCACACUCGCCAUGAAGGUUCUACGGAAAGACUCUUUGGCGAUAAAGCUGAGUAACCGUCCAUCGAAGAGGGAGCUGGAGGAGAAGAACAUCCUGCCACUACAGUCGGACCAGGAGAGGCUCGAGUCCCGCCAGCAAACAGCCACGAAACUAACCAGGCGGUUGAGUCAAAGACCGACAGCAGAAGAGCUGGAACAGAGGAACAUUCUCAAACCUCGAAACGGUCUGGAGGAGCAGGAGGAGAAGAGGGAGAUCAAAAGGCAUUUAUCCAGAAAGCUCAGCCAGAGGCCCACUGUGGAAGAGCUGAGAGAGGCCAAGAUCCUGAUCCGCUUCAGUGACUACGUGGAGGUCGCCGAGGCUCAGGACUACGACAGGAGGGCGGACAAGCCGUGGACUCGACUAACAGCGGCCGAUAAGGCUGCCAUCAGGAAGGAGCUCAAUGAGUUUAAAAGCACAGAGAUGGAGGUGCACGAGUCCAGCCGUCACCUGACCAGGUUCCAUCGACCGUAAAAAAAAACGUAGUCAGACCUCGGCUGUCGACCUACAUAAGCCUCAAGCGUUCCGACUCUGCUACCUGCUGCCCUCGAACUGCUAACUGCUCCCUUCUCCAGCGUCGACUUCAGACCGAUAGGCUGCCGUUGGAUGCCACGUGCGCACUUGAGCCAUCACAGGAAACGAGAGUGAUUUUUAAAGAAAACUCUUGAGGUGGAUGAAACUGUCGGCUGGCGUCUCCUCAGUGGAGAUUUAACUGACUUCUUGAUAUUCAAAAGCUUUUAACUGUCAUUUUUUAAUAAUGAAACGAUAAUGAAAUGGUGGCGACAUGUUAACUUUACAGCACUUUUUUUUUUCUUUCUGAACCAGGCAGGAACUUCUUUUUUCUUUUUUUUUUUUUUUUUUUUAAACACAAUCUCUGCCAAUCCUGAUUUGGUGAGGCUGGAGGUGAAGGUAGGACUUCAGUUUGUUUUCACAGGGAUUUUUUUUUUACUUUCAUCAUGUGCUUAUUCUCCUACUCAACUGGACCUCGCUUUGAGGGGUUGCUUGUUUUAGCACAAUUUUAUUCUGCAGAUUACAUGUCUAUGAAUGAAAAGAUUUUUACAACAGCUAAAUGCUGUGGUUAGGCAGCUGAAUCUGAAGCCAAAAUGUCCUGAAAUCCUCCCAAAAUGCUCCACAAAGCCAGUAACAGCAUUAAUUAGGAUCUUAACACACACAUCAACUAAGCAAUAAGCUCGGAUGUUCCUCCUUGUUUUUCAUGUUUAUGGGCUGCAAACACUUUUCAGACGUCACAUUCCCUAUUUGAAACCAAAGCAACUAGACUUGCUGUGGAAGUGGCGGUCUUGAAUGCACCUCGUGCUGUUUAGAGUUCAGUAACCUGCUGUCGCUGUGCCUCCAGUGUCGUUUACAGGGAUUUCAAAGUUGCCAAAUUAAACUUGUUUUGUUUGAUACAGUUAUCUGUAGACACAGUAAAAUGUUGCUGAACUCUGAAUUACAAGAAAGUCGCCUUUUUCUUUUCUUACUGUCCCAGACUCACUUUAGUUUCAUUUUUUUAUUGUUUACAGUCCAUGUAAGGUACACGAUUGGCAGUUCUGACCAUGUUACUUGGAGAACUGGUUGGUUGUUUUGAAGUUGUAUGUGCGUCUGAGUGUACGUAUGUGUGUGCGCUUGUGUACAAAGUGUUUUAAGAGAAAAUUAUUCUCAGAAUUCUAAGAUAUGUACAUAGCAGAGAAAGUAAGCCAGACUUUUCAAAUGUUUUUUUGUAAAGCAGAAAAACUGCAUGUGAGUAUUAAGUUAUUGUGAGUCUUUACAAUGUAUGCAGUUUCUUAAAGAAAGAAACUUAUUAAAAAACAAUAAGUUCA